GCUUUCAGAUCUGUUGUGUCACUUAUGAUGUGUGUGACACUUGCUUGUCGAGAGGAGCCAGGAUGCCUGCUAGGCUUGGAAUCUCAACUUGUGAAGGUUGGAUCCCUGGACAAUGCCACCUGCGUUGUGGACGGUGUGGGCCUUGGGGGCUAUAGUCAGCCUCCCCACGGAAGGGGCUCCUGACCUGCCCUCUCUGUCUUGUGACCCUGCCGGCAUCUGCGAUGGGCGCUCCAGAUCCUUCCAAUCCAUCCCCUCGGGGCUCAUGGCAACGGUGAAAAGCCUUGACCUGUCCAACAACGAGAUCACCUAUAUCAGAGACAGUGACUUGCACAGGUGUGUGCACCUCAGGGCUCUGAUGCUGAUGUCCAAUGGAAUCGACACGAUAGAUGAAGAUUCUUUCUCUUCCCUGGGCAGCCUCGAGCACCUGGACUUAUCCAAUAACCACCUAUCUCAUUUAUCCGCCGCCUGGUUCAGGCCUCUCUCGUCCCUGAAAUUCUUAAACUUGCUGGAAAACCCUUACAGAACCCUUGGGGAGACAUCUCUGUUUUCUCACCUCCCACAUUUGCGAAUCCUGAAAGUAGGAAGCCUUUAUGCCUUUGUGAAUAUUCGGAGGAUGGAUUUUGCCGGAGUCCGCUCUCUCGAGGAACUUGAGAUUGAUGGGUCAAACCUGCAGAGCUAUGAGCCACGGGGCUUGGGAUCCAUCCCCAACGUGAGCCGCCUGGUUCUCCACCUGAGGCAGCCCACCUUGCUGCUCAAGCUCUUCCCAGACCUUUUAAGUUCUGUGGAGUGUCUGGAGCUGAGAGAGACUGAUCUGGAAGAUUUCCGUUUUUCGGGGCUGUCUGUCACCGAACCGAAUCCACGGAUUACCAGAUUUAUCUUUAGAAGUGUGAAAAUCACCGAUGAGAGUUGUAAUGAAAUACUCAAACUUCUGGCUUAUGUGCCUGAGUUACUGGACUUAGAGUUUGAUGACUGCACCCUUAAUGGAGUUGGUGAUUUUGAAGUACCAGACCGAGACCUAAGUCAAGAUCUGGGUAAAGUCGAAACGUUAACAAUACGGAGGUUGCACAUCCCCAAGUUCUACUUAUUUUACGAUCUGAGUACAAUCUAUUCACUCUCAGAAAGGGUGAAGAGGGUCACAGUGGAAAACAGUAAGGUUUUUUUGGUUCCUUGUUCAUUCUCACAACAUUUAAAAUCAUUAGAAUACUUAGAUCUCAGUGAAAAUCUGAUGGUGGAAGAAUAUUUGAAAAAUUCAGCCUGCGAGAAGGCCUGGCCCUCUCUGCAGACGUUAAUUUUAAGGCAAAAUCAUUUGACAUCAUUAGAAAAAACCGGAGAGACCCUGCUGACGCUGAAAAACCUGACCGACCUUGACAUCAGUAAGAAUACUUUCCACGCCAUGCCUGACACGUGUCAGUGGCCGGAAAGGUUGAGACGGCUGAACCUGUCCAGCACACGGAUACACAGUUUGACGUACUGCAUCCCACAGACCCUGGAAAUCCUAGACGUUAGCAAUAACAAUCUCAACGUGUUUUCUUUGACUCUGCCCAGACUCAAAGAACUUUAUAUUUCCAGAAAUAUGUUAAAGACCCUCCCGGGUGCCUCCUUGUUACCUAUGCUACUGGUCAUGAAAAUCAGCAGGAAUUCGAUAAACACUUUUUCGAAGGAGCAGCUCGAAUCCUUUCAGAAGGUGACGGCCUUGGAAGCCGGAGGGAACAACUUCAUCUGCUCCUGCGACUUCCUGUCUUUGACUCAGGAGCAGCCCGCGCUGACCAGGGUCCUGCCGGACUGGCCAGAGAGCUACCUGUGUGACUCCCCAUCCCAUGUGCGUGGCCAGCAGGUGCAGGACGCGCGCCUGUCGGUGUCCGAGUGCCACAGGGCAGCGGUGGUGUCUGGCGUGUGCUGUGCCCUCCUCCUGCUGACGCUGCUCGCCGUGGUCCUGUGCCGCCAUUUCCACGGGCUGUGGUACCUGAAGAUGACGUGGGCCUGGCUGCAGGCCAAGAGGAAGCCGAGGAAAGCGGCCUGCAGGGACGUGUGUUACGAUGCGUUCGUGUCCUACAGCGAGCACGACUCCUACUGGGUGGAGAACCUGCUGGUGCAGGAGCUGGAGAACUCCGACCCCCCGUUCAGGCUGUGUCUGCACAAGCGGGACUUUGUGCCCGGCAAGUGGAUCAUUGACAACAUCAUCGACUGCAUCGAGAAGAGCCGCAAGACCGUCUUCGUGCUCUCGCAGAACUUCGUCAAGAGCGAGUGGUGCAAGUACGAGCUGGACUUCUCCCACUUCCGCCUCUUUGAUGAGAACAACGACGCCGCCAUUCUGGUGCUCCUGGAGCCCAUUGAGAAAAAGGCCAUCCCCCAGCGCUUCUGCAAGCUGCGCAAGAUCAUGAACACCAGGACCUACCUGGAGUGGCCCACGGAGGAGGCUGAGCACGCCGGGUUCUGGGGGAACUUGAGGGCCGCCAUAAAGUCCUAGGUUCCUGCCUGAAGGCCAGUCUUGGCCUAUCUGCGGUCUUUAGGUGCCUUGUUUCAAUGUUUAUUCUGACGAUAACCACACGAAUGUAUUUUUCAUUUGAGGACCUGUUUACUACAACUACUACAACUGUUUUAUGAAAACUCACCAGGUUAGGAAAAAUGGCUUUGGGGGUAGUAUCGUUAUAGGACAGUCACGGUCUAAAUCUGUUAUUGGUAUCUGGAUCAUCUGCAGCCUAUGGCUUAGAUCUUUAGGACAGAAUGCAAAUGAACUGAAGACUUCAAAAGACCGUGUCAGGUCAGUCAGCUUUCUGCGAAAGAGGGUGCUCUUCCCCACGUCUCUGUGCAACUGGUCUCAAGAGCACCAAGGGGAAACGUUUGAGGCGCUCAGCCAAACUGGCUGUCAUCCUGGGGAGUAAGAACUGUGUGUCCCAUUAACCUUGAUAGGAGACGGAGUACCAGAGGGUGUUAUUGUCACGUGAACUGGGUCUGUCUGGCUACUUGAUGGGUUUUCCCAGCAGCAGGCACUUGAGAGAGGGCACACAACACAAGGAACACUAAAUUGUGUUUUCCCAUGAGAACAAAACUGUUAGAACAAAUGGAAUACUCAGUUUGGGAGACUUUGAAAAAAGCUUCCACAUGCUGUUUCAGGUUCUGUAGCUCUUAGCACCUGUUCAGUUCUACUUGGUGUCUAAUCACCAAGGCUCUCAACUUCUGGUUACUUCCCGUGGUGUCUUGUUGCUGUUUUGCUUUUUUCUUCAUUGGAAAAAAAAAUAUUUCUAAUUCUAAAAAAAAAUCUUCCUUUUUUCCCCCCUUUGGAAAAUUAAAAAUAAAUACAUGUGAGCUAAACAGAUUUUAAAUAACUAUAUACCUGGAGAUUCCUCACAAUGUCUCAAAAAUAGUUUGAUACACAGUAAUUGGAAGAUAGAAGCUACUACCAUGAGUAAAUUUUUGUGAUCAAGAUUUAAUACUACAUUAAAUUUAUGUGUUGCUUUUUGCUAAGAGCUGGUCAGUGGUACCGUGCACCUGUCUCCUUACUCUGGAAACCAUAUUCCAGAGGGAGAAAACCUGCUUUGAUUUCUUCUCAGCCAAAAUUGGGUUUCUGUGGCUAAGUGGGCUCUGGGGUCAGAAAGACCUGGGUCAGUAGAUGGGUAACCUUGGCCAUGCCACUGGACCUGAUCCUACAUGUUUUCUGCCAUUAAAAUAGGGGUGAUAGUCUCUCUAUCCUUGGGAACUGAGGGUUUGAAAUUCAGGAAUAGAAACAAACCACAGAGCAUAACAUCCCUGGUCUUCUUCCCCUCUGGCGGUUGGGGGGGGGGGUAAAAGCUCCAAGCCCCAGAGAACAGGGACCACAAGUACCUGUUUCCCUUACACAUUAUUGCUGGUACAAUGGUUAUUUUUCUGUUAUUAUUUAUUGCUAGUUUUCAAUAAUUGAUUUUUCCUUACAUAUUAGUGCUGGUAAAUUUUUUUUUCUGUUACUAUUAUUUUCCAAUAAGUGGUUUUCCCUUUAGGUAUUAUUGUUUGUAAAUGGUUAUUGUUCUGUCACGGGUACAGGCAGGCAUAUAAGAAACCCUGCUGUUUGAAGAGAAAUACCCAGAGAAAUAAGUUCAUUAAGUGCAUAAUAGGCUCCAGGCCGUGUCGCUCAUACCAACUGCUUGGAAGGUGAGAGGGUGAGACAGUGGCAGCCUACGGAAAGAGGGACACGUUCUCAAUAAGGCCCUGUGGGACUGUCACAGAAACCCAGCACAACAGGGGGAUUUCUGUUUUCUUCUGUGUUUCCCACAGUGGGCACCACAUUGAUUAUCAAGAGAGCCAGAUGGUGGCCAGCUUUGCGGCGCAGUGCGUUAAGCCACCAUCUGCAAUGCUUGUGUCCCAUAUUGGAGCUCCAUUUUGAAUCCUGGCUGCUCUGCUUCUGAUCCAGUUCCUUGUUAAUGCACCUGGGGAAGUAGCAGAGGAUGACCCAAGUGCCUGGGCCCCUGCCACCUACGUGGGAGACCCCGUCGGAGUUCUAGACUCCUGGCUUCGGUCUGGGCAAACCCUGGCCAUUGCAGGUACUUGGGGAGUGAACUAGCAAGUGAAAAAUCUCUCUUUCCUCACCCCCAUAGUUGCUUUUGAAAUAAAUAAAUAAAUAAAUAAUUUUUUUUAAAAAGAGAGAGAACACCAGAUCAAUUCAACAUUGGUUUGAUCUAAAUAUUUAAUUUCAAGACUUUAAACAGCAACACAGAUAGCUUCAUAAUUGAUAGUUUUAAAAUAAUCUUUAAAAAUCAGGUGCAUUUUUCUCAUUUUGAAUGUUAGGUAUAUUCACUGAGGAAGUGUCAGAAAAAAGGUAACAGCAUAUAAGAGAAAAUAAGAAUGGGGUCUUCUCCCAUGACCUUGGGAUGACCUUUGGUAGCUUUGUAAUAAUGUACGUAGCUCCCCUGUCUCUUCUCGGUGCAUAUGUGCAUAGUUCUUUGCCAAAUCGGGAUUAGAGUGUGAAGACUUCAGUUGUAGAAAGAAAAUGGCAGCUUGAUUUUUUUUUUCUGAGGUUGUGUAGUGAUUAUUGACACUUCUGAGCUCUGAGGGUCGCCUUGACUUCCGGCUUAUAAAUGCCGGCUUCCUUGCCCAGAGUUCUAAAGGUCAUAAACUCUACCUCCGUGUAACUCUCCUUACCAAGCAGGGGGCAAGUGCAUCAGAGGGCGAUUUAAGGGACUCUUUUUUUUUUUUCCCAAAAGAAAACUAAUUUUCAUUUAGUGCUUUAUCCAAAUACAAAAUCUUUUAUUUAUAAGUGGACUGUAAGUUUAGGAUCUUGCUUUAUCUCUGUAGUCCCAUGAACAUGCCUAGCAUGUAAGAAUUGCAUUGUGGAACUAUUUGCUGCAGAGAGAAAUGAAGCAGAAUUACAUCUAGAAAUCCGAAUGGUAGGGCAGCUACAAUGCUGAAGCACUGGGCAGUGUGCAGGAGGGAAGUUGCCAACACGGUGAAAUCUUGUGUGUGUUAUGUGGACAAUGGCAUUUUGAAUAGCUCAGAUACACUGCCGAUAUACGGACAGGGAAAAUCAGUGUGUUUCCUCUCUACUUCCUGCAAGUGUAGUGGCUUCUAGUGUUUCCAAAUAGAUACGUGGUGUUCUCUAUAUGCUGUUGGCUAUUUAACAAACGACUGGGAGCUUAAAAUGAAUGAAUUUGAGGUCCAGCAUAGCAUUCUUGGGUUAAUUCUUUCUGGUUGUCUUUCUUAUUCCGUUAAAUUGGUCUCUCCUGCCAGAUAAACUUAUUCUUUCAACAAA